AUGAAUACGCUCCCUGAUUUGAACGGUUUGGAUUUAGUUACAUACAUGGCAUGUAAAAGGUGGAUGCAUGCAUGUGUAUGAUUGAUCAUAUUCGACAGAGUACCAAACAAGUCCUUUUAUAUAGUCUUCUCCAUGUAUGUUAGGAAGGGUGACUGCCAUGGAAAGAAGCAAAGGGAGGAAAGGGGGAGAAGAGAAAUGGAUACAGCACUACAGCAGCUCUCACAAGAUACUGCUUGUAGGAGAGGGAGAUUUCUCUUUCUCUGCCUGUCUUGCAAAGGCCUUUGGUUCGGCUACUAACAUGGUGGCAACUUCAUAUGAUUCAAAAGAGAAGUUAGAGAGCAAGCACUGGAGUUCCGGGGACCACCUGGAGGAAUUGAAGGGCCUGGGAUGUAUGGUGUUGCAUGAUAUUGAUGUGCAUGUCAUGAACCAACAACCAAUCCUAAAGAAGAUGAAGUUCGACCGUAUUGUAUACAACUUUCCACACGCAGGCCAUGACCCUUUGCUCCACGAAUGGAAUUCGCAGCUCAUUGAGCGACACCAGAAACUCUUAUCUGGUUUCUUCCGGAGUGCACGUGAGAUGCUGACCGACGGUGGAGAAGUGCACGUGUCCCACCGGAACGAUGACCCUUACAACCGUUGGAAUUUGGAGAAGCUGGCCGAAACAGCGGGCCUUGUGUCGAAGAAACGUGCGAAAUUUAGGAAGUCCGACUAUCCAGGCUACCACAAUAAAAGAGGUGGUGGAAUUAGAAGCGACCAAGAGUUCCCUUUGAAUGAGAGCUUCACCUUCAAGUUCUCGUUAAGGGAUUCUUCAACUAUGCAACAAAGUACGACAUCAACGAGUGGCUGUGAUGAUAUUAGCGAGGCCUUACAAGUUGAUAACUAUGCAACAAAGUACGACAUCACCUUCGAGUUCUCGUUAAUGCUAGAACUCAUGUCUUACAAUGCUUCGGCAGCAUCUGCACCUAGAAGCAAUAGCAAUGCCUUUAGCUUGAACUCUGUUAUUGACGGGGAUCGCAUUUUGAAGAACUCUCCACAUGAAUAUGGAGAAUUUGGGAGGGAGAGGGUCGUGUCAGAUCCACCUUGCCCAUUGGAUGGGAGGGGACGGGGAUCUCAACAACUUCCAGGCUGA